AUUCGUGAGUGGUUACGGAGUUAGUAUAACCACCAAUUGGUGUGCCCCGCAAAGAUUGGGAAAAAAUAGCAUGCGUUUUUUCCCUGUUGUUUCAGUACCACCCAUGCAUGAAACAAGCUGGCGUAGGGUCAUGUUACUUAUAAAUUACGAAUUUUCCCGCCCAAAAACACAACAGCAUCUUUCAUUCAUCACUAUGCCAAAGAAACACGUACCAAAAGAAAACGAACCCACGACAAAGGCCGAUAAGAAUCGACCAAAAUCAAAACACGAGAAGAGAGAGGAGCAAAAGGCUCACAAACAAAAGAAGAAUGAGAAAAGAGCUGAAAUGAUGAAAUUUGGCACGACUGCCUAAGCAAUGUCUUCAAACUCGCACAUCAAAUCAAUCAUUUGAACAAUAAAGUCUAGCGUUUUAGAAUUGUUUGAAUUUUGGGCAAAAUUC